AUGGAUAGUGAUGAUGAUCUUUUUGAAUUUGUCCCUGAUAACAAUACAGUUAAAAGUGUCACUAAUACAAGCGAUAGUGUGAAUAUCGCAUCUAAUAUUUCUGUUUCAAAAAAAUCUAGUAAUAGACUUCCCUCUCUUGUUAGACCCUUUUUUUCACAAAAAACCAUUGAUAACAAGUUAGUACUUUGUAGUAUCUGUAAAAGUGAAUUCAGCAUAACCAUGGCUACUAGUAACUUAUGUAAAUAUCUCGAUUCUCAGCAUCUAGGCUGGGAAGCAAACAAACCAAUACCAAGUCAAUAG